GAACAGGUUCUUGUCGAUUCUCCAAAUCCAAGUGGGAUGUUCUCGGGAGGCCGAGACCGGCGAAUCGAUCAGUUAUGAGAACGUCGAGUGGUGGACGGCGGAGGACAUGAUCCGGCGGUGGAUCCUGGCGACUAAACUGGUGGGGAAGGCCCUCGUCGUUAUGCAAAUGCAGCUCCACGCGCAGAGCAACGGCGCCUUCGACAGGUUCAAGAACGACUACCUCAUGGCCAUGGCGAAGCGGAGAUCCUACAUCCUGCUCAGAUUCGCAGACGGGUUCACUGGCACGCACUCGCCGGAGAAGCUCAUGUACGUCCUGGAAAUGUACGAGGUCCUUGGCAGCGCUGUCCCGGGGCUCGUGCUCGUGCUCACCGGGCAGCACAAGGAGCUCUUCUCCCGGCAGGUCGAGGUGGUUCUCGCCAAGCUGGCGCGCGCGCUGAGGGCCAUGAUCGGCGGUGCCGUCACCAAGGUCCGAGCCGGCGUCAUCUCUGGGACGCAGAGCGAGACGCGCGGAGUCGGCGCCGGCGUCCAUCCGCUCACGCGGUACGCCGUGUCCUGCAUCGAGUCGCUGGCACCGCACCGCGGCGCGCUGGAUGUGAUCCUCGCGAGCACGGGCGGCAUCCUCGAGGGCGUGAACUCGUUCGGCGAUCUCUUCUCGGAGCUAGUCGCGUCCCCGGAGCCCAAGCUGGAGGAGAUAUCUGCCCUCCGCGGCGAGGAAGGAGGCGGCCUGCGGCACCUCUUCCUGGCCAACAACACCAGCUUCGUGCUGAAACGCGCCGGCGCGCUCGGGGGAGACGACGAGUGGACCGCGUGCCACCGGAGCCGAGUCGAGCAGCACAUCACGAGCUACAUCGAGGCUUCCUGGGCGCCGGUCGUGGCCUGCCUCGAGGCCGGCAAGCCCGCCACCAAGGCGCUGGCCAAGUUCAACGCCGCGCUCGAGAAAGCAUACAACGGCCACGUACGCUGCGAGGUCUCGGAUCCCGAGCUCAGGGCGGCGCUGCGGAAGGCCGUGUCGGAGAAGGUCGUCGCUGCUUAUGGCGCGUGGCUGAUCGAGCACCCCAAGCUUGGCAAGUCUGCCAGGUACACGCCCGAUAGCCUGGCCGGGUUGGUGUCAGAAUUGUUUGAAGGAGAGGACGCAGCGGCCAGAUAGUCCUAGCACUGCUCGGAAUACGCGGCCGUCUCGGACUCUGCGGAGAUCAGGUCGCAGGAUCUCAAUGACGAAUCAUCAGAUAAUCAACUCGGAGAAGCAGAUCUUGGGAGGAGGGAUGUCCAACCCCAAGCGGCGGCAGGGGCCGGUGAACCACCACGACCGCGCCGGCAAAAGAUCGCGGC